AUGUCUUCUCCUCGCGCAGCUUCUCCCGUCAACUCGCCGGCCGCUACUGGCUCGAGCACCGGCCGUCCCUCCUCUCCUGCUCCUCCCGGAGGUGCCCGAACUGCCAUCCGACGAAGAGCCGCUGCCGACCAGAAGGAAAAGAUUGCAAAUGCGCGACCGAGCAGCACUCGUGCCGCUGGUGCGGGUGGUAGCAGCAGCACAAUGCUACGUCUCUACACGGACGAAUCUCCCGGAUUGAAGGUCGAUCCCGUUGUUGUCUUGGUUCUCUCUCUGGUCUUCAUCUUCAGUGUUGUUGCUUUACACGUUAUUGCGAAGAUCACUCGACGAUUCUCAAGCUAG